AUGGGUCAGAACUUGAUUCUGAACAUGAAUGGCACCAACAUUGUCGGUGCGCACUCGAUUGAGGAGUUUGUUGCUCUUCUGAAGCGCCCCCGUAAGGUGAUUCUUCUGGUUAAGGCCGGUGCCGCCGUUGAUGCGUUUAUUGACCAGCUUUUGCCCUACCUCGAAAAGGGUGACAUCAUCAUUGACGGUGGCAACUCGCACUUCCCCGACACGGAGCGCCGCUGCAAGGAGGUCGAGGCGAAGGGCCUCCUGUACGUUGGCAGCGGUGUCUCUGGUGGUGAGGAGGGUGCGCGCCACGGUCCCUCGCUCAUGCCCGGCGGUAGCGAGGCGGCCUGGCCCCAUAUCAAGGAGAUCUUCCAGAAGACGGCUGCUCAGAGCGACGGCGAGCCGUGCUGUGACUGGGUCGGUACCGGCGGUGCGGGCCACUACGUCAAGAUGGUGCACAACGGUAUUGAGUACGGUGACAUGCAGCUGAUUGCCGAGGCGUACUGGAUCCUGAAGCAGGGUCUUGGCAUCAGCGAGAAGGAGAUUGCCGAGAUCUUCUCCAAGUGGAACAAGGGUGUGCUCGACUCGUUCCUGAUUGAGAUCACGAGCGAGAUCCUUGCCUACAACGACGAGGACGGCGAGCCGAUGCUGACCAAGAUUCUCGACAGUGCUGGCCAGAAGGGUACCGGCAAGUGGACCGCGAUUAACGCGCUGGAGCUCGGCCAGCCUGUGACGCUGAUUGGCGAGGCGGUGUUUGCGCGCUGCCUCAGCUCGCUCAAGGGCGAGCGUACGCGCGCGUCCAAGAUCCUCACCGGCCCCAAGCCCCGUCCUUUUGAGGGCAACAAGCAGCAGUUUAUUGACGACCUUGAACAGGCUCUGUACGCUUCCAAGAUUGUGUCGUACGCCCAAGGCUUUAUGCUCAUGCGUGAGGCUGCGAAGGAGUACAACUGGAAGCUGAACAACCCGUCGAUUGCGCUCAUGUGGCGUGGUGGCUGCAUCAUCCGCUCCGUCUUCCUGAAGGACAUUACGAGCGCCUUCCGUAAGAACCCUGAGCUGGAGAACCUGCUCUUUGACGACUUUUUCAGCAGCGCUAUCAGGAAGGCCGAGGACGGCUGGCGCCGUGUUUUGGCGCAGUCCGUACUGUGGGGUGUCCCGACGCCCGCUUUCUCCUCGGCGCUCGCCUUCUUCGACGGUAUCCGCUCGGAGCUCCUGCCAGCCUCGCUGCUGCAAGCGCAGCGUGACUACUUUGGCGCGCACACCUUCCGCGUGCUUCCUGGUAAGGAGAACGACCGCCUGAAGGAGGGCCAGGACAUCCACGUCAACUGGACCGGCCGCGGCGGUAAUGUGUCGGCAUCUACGUACCAGGCAUAA